CGCGGCCUUUUCCGGUCGGACCGGUUUCGCCGGUAGCUUCUGUCACUGCCUGUCAGCCUCAUAAGACGUGUGUGUUGGGACUUUUGUGUUUUUAACAGUUUGUCUCUGACAGUGCUCAGGCUGUUCUCCACCAUGCCCAUGUACCAGGUAAAGCCCACCUGCGGGGGUGAUAUAAAGAUUGAUUUACCGACGUGCAUGUACAAGUUACCAAAUAUCCACGCGCAGCAAGGGAACAGCUACACCCCCGAACACGCGCUUCAGAAUGGUGAGGUGGACCCAGCAGUCAAAGCUCUGGAGGCUCGGCAGGACGAGAUCCUGAGGAAACUAUAUGAGCUUAAAGCAGCAGUCGAGGGCCUGGCAAAAACUGUGACCACCCCAGAUGCUGACCUGGACCUGACAGUCAGUAGCAGCCUCUCCUCCCAAACCCUAAGCUCCACAACCCUCAAAUGCACUACUGACCUGGACACACUACUGGGCAAGGACCGCGGUGCUCUCCGGGAUAUUGUCAUAAAUGCCAACCCCGCACAGCCACCUCUGACCCUGCUGGUGCUCCAUAGCCUGCUGUGUCAGCGUUAUCGAGUACUCUCCACUGUCCAUGUUCACUCAUCAGUUGCCAGUGUGCUGCCACAGCUCCUCUCCUGUCUCGGACCACGCCACGUAGACAGCUAUGCCCGCCACCUGUUCCAGCUGGGCUUCACACUCAUAUGGAAAGAUGUCCCCAAACUGCAAAUGAAGUUCAGUAUCCGUGACAUGUGUCCCAUCGAGGGUGAGGCAAACGUGGCACGUUUCCUCUUCAAGCUGCUGGCUCCCCACCCCAGCGACCCUGCGCUUGCUACUUUGGUGGACAGCUGGGUGGACACUGCUUUCUUCCAGCUGGCAGAGGGCAGUGCCAAGGAGCAUACCGCUGUCCUCCGUGCCCUCAACUCUGCCCUGGGCCGCAACCCCUGGGUGGCAGGGCCUGAAUUCUCCCUGGCCGACAUCGCCUGCUACUGCUGUAUUCUGCGCAGUGGAUUGGCCUCCUCAGCCCCUGCUAAUGUCCAGCGCUGGCUCAAGUCAUGCGAGAACCUGGGCCACUUUAGCCCUGCCAAGGUAGUUGUGCAGUGAAUGGAGGCGUCCCAGGACCGGACACCAGAAAAGGGUCUCUUUAAUUAACAAAGUGAGAGAAAGGCAUUAGAAUUAUAAAAUAUCCCAGCCCUGUCUGGACAGCUUUCUAAUGCUUCCCUCCUUACAGUAUUGUAUCACUGAACUGACAAAAACUCCGUAGAAGCAAGAUGGUUAAUUGAUUAAAGUUACUUAAAACAGUUUCUCUGCCAUGCUGCUUUUCUAGGAGAAGAGAUUCUAGGCUAUAUUUGCAUGGGAGGAAGCAUGAGAGGACUGUAAGGACGAGGGCUUGGUGAUGGAUUAAAUCAAAGGUACUAACAGAAACACACCGUACACCUUCCCACUUUGUGCCUAACAUGAUCCUGUUUUAAAUGUGUGUUCAUGUGUGGUGGCGGGUAUUACUGGAUGUUUUCUGGAAUAAUACUUUGUACAAUGUUUUUUCUCAAGCCAUUAAAACUUCUACUUUGGAUCAAA